UGGGGAGGGCAGGGGAGGGCCUCUGGGGCCGAGUAGGCCGUGCGCAGGUUCGCAGUGCUGCGUCGCAGCGCCACGGCAACUAGCAGGAGAGGAAAGCAGGGCUCCUGCUGCCUCCCUUCCGCCCAAAAUGUAUGGCUUUGUGAACUACGCCUUGGAGUUGCUGGUAGUGAGGACAUUCGGCGACGAAACAUGGGAGACUAUCAAGAAAGCGGCGGAGGUGAACAUGGACGGCCAGUUUUUGGUCCGGCAAAUUUACGACGACGAAGUGACCUACAAUCUGAUCGGGGCAGCUGUGGGCAUUCUCAAAAUCCCCGCUGACAAAAUCCUGGAAUUGUUCGGCAAGAUGUUCUUUGAGUUCUGCCAAGAGUCUGGCUACGACAAGAUCCUGCAGGUGUUGGGAGCCACUCCCCGGGAUUUCUUGCAGAACUUGGACGCCCUGCAUGACCACCUGGGCACGCUGUACCCGGGCAUGCGCGCCCCGUCCUUCCGCUGCACAGAGCGGCCGGAGGACGGCGCCCUGGUGCUGCACUACUACUCGGACCGCCCCGGCCUGGAGCACAUCGUGAUCGGCAUCGUCAAGACUGUGGCCAGCAAGCUGCACGGCACCGAGGUGGAGGUGGAGAUUCUGCGCACCAAGGCGGACUGCGACCAUGUGCAGUUCCUCAUCACGGAGCAGGCCGACCAGCGCAAGCCCGGGGACGCGAGCCAGCUGACCCAGGAGGUGGACGAGCUCAACAGCGAGCCGCUCGUGAGCCCGGCCACCUUCAGCCGCGUGUUCCCGUUCCACGUCAUGUUCACGCGGGACCUGACGGUGGUGCAGACUGGCCAUGCCGUGUCCAGAGUCAUCCCCGCCCUGCGCAAGGAGGGCUGCCUGCUGACCGACGUCCUGGAGCCAGUGCGGCCCCACCUGGACCUGACGUUCGAGAACAUCCUGGCGCACAUCAACACGGUGUACGUCCUCAAGACGCGUCCCGGCGCGCUCGACGCCGAGCCCGACACGCCGCCCGAGUUCACGUACCUGCGCCUCAAGGGCCAGAUGAUGUACGUCCCGGAGAACGACUCCGUCAUCUUCCUGUCGUACCCCAGCGUCGUCAACCUCGACGACCUCACCAGGCGCGGGCUGUUCAUCAGCGACAUCCCGCUGCACGAUGCGACGCGUGACCUGGUGCUCAUGUCCGAGCAGUUCGAGGCGGACUACAAGCUGACCAGGAACCUGGAGAUCCUCACCGACAAACUGCAGCAGACGUACCGCGAGCUGGAGGGGGAGAAGCAGAAGACGGACAGGCUGCUGUACUCCGUGCUGCCCAUGUCGGUGGCCACGGAGCUCCGCCACGGCCGGCCCGUGCCGCCACGGCGCUACCCCAGCGUCACGCUGCUCUUCUCGGGCAUCGUGGGCUUCUCGCAGCUGUGCGCCGACCCCGCCCACCGCGACCCCAUGUCCAUCGUGCAGAUGCUGAACCAGCUGUACACCGCGUUCGACACGCUCACUGACCCGCGCAAGAACCCCAACGUGUACAAGGUGGAGACCGUGGGCGACAAGUACAUGGCCGUGUCGGGGCUGCCCGAGCCCUGCACGUCGCACGCCCGCUGCAUGGCGCGCCUCGCCCUGGACAUGAUGGACCUCAGCAGCGAGGUCAAGGUGGACGGCACGCCCGUGAAAAUCACGAUCGGCAUCCACUCGGGGGAGGUGGUGACGGGGGUGAUCGGGCACCGCAUGCCGCGGUACUGCCUGUUCGGCAACACAGUCAACUUGACCAGCCGCACUGAGACCACCGGGGAGCCGGGCAAGAUCAACGUGUCGGAGGACGCCUUCAAGCUGCUGAAUCAGCCUGACAACUGCGAUCCCCAGUUCCAGCUGGACUACCGCGGCCCCGUCGCCAUGAAGGGACGCGAGACGCCCAUGGAGGUGUGGUUCUUGUCUAGGAGCCCAGAACACAUCGUCUAAACCUAAAAAUAACCUGCUUCGGUUUACUCUCUAGCAUAUUGUUAAAACUGUGAUCCUUGUAACUGUUUCUAUGAUUUAAGUUUUACUUCAAGUCUUAGUGGUUUGCGUUUGACAACCAUGAUUGUUGCCGAGUUAAUUACUUUUCACGAACUCCGUACCUAAAUGUUGUAUCAAGCUUAAAGUGCUAAGGUAUUAUGUCUGCCAAUUUAUGGACCCAAAUUUACUCGGAGGGAAUGCAUGGGUAUAAUGCACCAAAACCCCUGUGUCCCAGCUGUUUCUUAACUGCUGUGGUGACAACGUACUGAUUUUAAAUGUUAACUUCUCUCUUCACUUUUAUUUUUGUUUAAAAUUUUCCACCUGGUGUAUGAUAAAAUAGUAAAAAAUAAAUAUAAAAAUGCAAUUCCUUCUAAAAAAAAUAUUACUUCUGCUUAUCUUUUGUUAAAACCUUGCAGUGUGCUAGUGUAUAGGUGUGUGACUGUGUAGGUCAAGAGCCUUAUAUCUCACGGACUGUAUUCCGUUAUCUACAUUAUGUGUGCUUUCCUGUAGCCUACUAGAGCCACUGUGUGGCGGCCGCCCGCCUCUUUGUAGGCGUGCCCCAUUUGAAGGAAAAGGAUUGCAAUUUGAAGGUGAUAGCCUUAGCGCCUGGAGGGCGGGCAAUCUUGCGCACGUGAGGUUGGCGGGCUGCCUACCUGGCAUUACCAUUACCAUUAAGGGCAGGUGGCCUAGGUGGCCUACCUAGCGGGCACGGCGCUCCGCCAAGCCUCGGUGCUUUUGACUUGACGCCGCCAGCCGGCCACCCGCCUUUCCUCUCCUAAGUGCCGAUACGUUGUAACUCUCAACCCUGGGAGAUAUGUGCGGAUGAAAUAAAACAAUAAAUAUAUUAAA